GCGCUGUCAGUAUAGAACUCACCUGCGCGCUACGCGCUCGGCGGUCAAGUACGAUCGCGAAUAUCUCCCUACCCGCGGCGUUCACGCAGAUACGGACACUCGCUGUCCCCGAUCGGUUGUGUCAGUGUUGUACUCAGAGGAAACUCCGACAAAACGCCGCCGUCCGCAGAUUUACGCGAGCUACUCGCGUCUGGAAGAAAUUUUUUCAAGAAGAGAAGCCUCAAAAAACUUUAAAACUGAGAAACUUUUACAAAAUUAACCAUUAGUCCGCCAACUUCACAAUGGCACUAAUAUUACAGUACAUAAAUGAUUUUCACGACAUAUUUGAGAAACAUGGAGACCCGCGGACAAAUCCAUGGCCGAUGAUGAGUUCACCAUUCCCAACUUUAGUAAUAUGCCUUAGUUAUGUUUAUCUAGUCAAGGUUUUAGGUCCCAAAUAUAUGGAGAACAGAAAACCAUUUAAUUUACAAAAAACCUUAGUAUUAUAUAAUUUUGUACAAGUAAUAUUUAGUGCGUGGCUGUUUUAUGAGAUCGGGGCCGGGGGCUGGUUCACAGGCAGGUAUAGCUUUCAGUGUCAACCGGUGGACCACUCCAAAAGUCCACAAACGAUGAGGAUGGUAAACGUAUGUUGGUGGUACUAUUUCUCAAAGUUUACUGAAUUCUUUGAUACGAUCUUCUUUAUCCUGCGAAAGAAGUUUGACCACGUAUCAACGCUUCACGUCAUCCACCAUGGCGUUAUGCCGAUGUCCGUGUGGUUCGGUGUGAAAUUCACGCCGGGCGGACACAGCACAUUCUUCGGCCUCCUCAACACAUUCGUCCACAUCAUCAUGUAUACGUACUACAUGCUGGCGGCCAUGGGACCCCAGAUGAGGAGGUGGUUAUGGUGGAAGAAGUACCUCACCGCGCUGCAGAUGAUUCAGUUCAUCGGUAUAAUGGUCCACGCGUUCCAACUACUGUUCAUCGAGUGCGACUACCCGCGCGCGUUCGUGUGGUGGAUCGGCAUGCACGCCGUUAUGUUCUUCUUCCUCUUCAAGGACUUUUACAACCAGUCCUACAGCAGAUCUAAGUCGGCAGUCAAAGCAACACAGCCGGUGAGCACAGAGAUCGACGAGGUGACGUACAAGAACGGCGUCAUGAAGAACGGAUACAGCAACGGGCACACGAACGGGCGAGUGCGCGCGCGCACCGUGCUGCCCGCCGGCAACUGACCACGCCCCCCCGCGUAGGCCACGCCCACUGACGUACAGACACACACACACACACACACCGGGAAUAGCUGUGUAAUCGUAACGUUACAUGGAGAAGGGUACUUAGAUAAUUCUAUUUAAAAAAUUCGUCAGCGAAGAUAGAAAAAAAUAUGAGAAUAUUAUGACGCGAUAUGAUGUAAAAUUCUAUACUUUUUUAUUGUUAACUUUCGCCUUCAAAAUAUUGAAUGCAUUGUCUAAGCAACAGAGUGCUUAGUCAAAAGUUGGAUGUUAAACAUGUAUGGGAUUUGAAACAUUGCAAAGUGCCAUGGCGCUUGCGAUACAUUUUUGACAUCUAACUUUGCUAUCGACGUUGGCGAAUGGAUUUUGACUCGGAGGCUUGUUAUAAUUUUCAUACGAUUCAAUUACGAUAUCGUUACGAUUACGUAAUUUAAUGUUCCUUGCUUGACCAUUUAGCGUGACCACAGUAGAGAUGAGAAUAGAAAUACUGACAGAUUUCAGGGAGAAAUGAUAAAAUAUAUUCCUCAUCUGUCACUUUGACUAUUCAUCGAAAGCCUUUCUAUGGUGGCCAUGCUAGUGUAACUGACCAGGAUAAUAAUCUGGCGUUUUUAAUGCGGCAAUACUGCGAGCUGAAAUGUGAUUGGUUAAAUCUCGAAAAUUUGAUUUAAUCGACAUUUUUGUUUAAUCGUUAACCUUCCGCAAAAACCAUUUUAUUUUCCUGGUCGGAAUUUCACCUAUUGUUGAUACAUUCGCUGCCAAUAAUCGGGUCAACAAAUAAGCAGAAAACUUAUUAGCACAAAAAUUUAUUGUCGAUGUUAAUAGAUUGUCCUAUCGUCGAUAUUUAUUUUUAUAUUCCCUACUCUUUUGAGUUCGCCAAAGCUGUUGCGGCUUUCAAAAAAGCUCUUUACAUCUGUUGUUAAUUUCCUCAACGCCAAAUCGAUCAUAAUUUCUACAUCUUAUUUUGCACGUGUUGGUUUCUUUCUUUACGUCACUGUAACGCAGAGGCUAAUACACGCAACAAUGAAUUGUGCUGAACUAAAUACGUUGUCGAUAUCGGUACGUUGCUCGUCGAUAUGAACGCGACAAUAUCGUCACGAUAUCGCACGUAUCGAGCGCUGGGCGGUGUCGGCUGUAGUUUAGUGUAACGUGACCUAUCUAGUGUACAUAAGUAAGGCGAUUACCGAGGUGUAAAUUUCAUUUUAACUGAUACUAAAGUAUUGCUAAGUUUUGUGAUCGCAUAGCGUUUUAUACUUUUAUUACAUUUAGAUAUUUCGCUUCUAGUAUAGGCGCCGCGACGGGAGGCGCUGUAAUUUUAGUUUGGAUGAUGCAAGGUUAAUUUAGUUCAGGGCGCUAGCUCGACUGUUUACUGUUAUCGAACAAACCGAUUGUACAAAUGGAGUCGUUGAAUAUUUAUUUUUAUUUCUAUGUUGUAAAUUGUUGAACGACUUAAUAUAUUAUUUUAAACGAUUUGAAAAAAAAGACAAUAUUUUUUGUUAAUCGAUAUCCGCAAUUACUACUUAGAUGAAAUAUUUAAUAUUAUUAGUGAAUAUUUUUUAGUUUAAGAACUUUUGCUUAAAGCAAACGAUAUCCGAUUGAUCGUGUACGAUCGCGACUUCUACUGCAUCUUUCCGAUUUCAAAUAAAUUAUGUUUAUUUUUAAUUAGACGCUUGUGUUGGGUAUUUAUUUCUGAAAGUUAUUUUUAACGUUAUUUAUAAUCGCAUUAAUAUUGUGAGGUCAGUAUUUCUACAAACGUUGAAAUUAUAUAGGAGAUUACAAAUUCAUUUACUGAUCAGAGUUUGCAGAAAUAUUGGCAGGAGGUAUAGGCCGUACCCCGGGCAGUGAUUGAGAGAGACCAAAUAACAUUUUAACCCCUAUUGGGAUAAUUUUUGUCGUUUACCGACUAACUAAAAAUCAAAAACAAUGGCAACUAUUACAGACUUUUUAAACUAUUUCUAGGUACAGUCAAUUUUGCAUCUUAAAAUGUAGACCAGAGUGACAAAAAAGUUCUAUUCAGCUCUUUAAGUCUACAAUAUCUGCAUAAACAUACAAUUAAUAAAUGCUCAAUGGAGUAUGAAUGUUGCUUAGUUUAAAUUUGAAUUAACAUUCCGAUCAAAUUUUUCACUUUAGAAUGCGUUAGUUUAGAUGACUGAAAUUCGGCAGCAGUGUUUAUUAAAUAGCCUGUUGAUGACGAAGUACAUUAUGAAGUACAUUACAAACAGUAUUUUCAAUUCAGAGGCAUAACCGUGUAGAAGUGCUUUUGAAUUGUAAUUGCUGUAUAGUUUUAAGUUUUCGCUCUGGGCCGGCCUCUCGUAUUUGAUUAUGUUACGGGUUACAUACUUUAGGUUGUGUGACGAGCCAUCAGCAUGCUCUAUUAUCCGCACAUUCAAACGCAUAAGUUUUUUAGUCUUCCGUUUUAUUUUUGUACUUAUCAGAGUUGAGGUGCUUUUUGUACUCUGAUUCUGCUGUUAGCAGUGUUAGCUAAAGCUCGCCAUUGUAAAUAUAAAAUUGUUCAAUAGUUUUAUAAAAAAAUUGGUUCAUGUAAAUUGCAAUUUUUUUACAAAAAAUGCAAAUAAACUAUAUAAACACUA